AUGGAAGUCGAAACCGUCAUACUUCCCUGUGAUCCAUACUCCAUAUCUUUCGAAGAGCACGGGGAGAACGUGAUACCCGUCAUAUCCUCCUUAGAUACCCGACGUGCUUUGGAAGAUGCUUGCUCCAUAUUAAAGAAAGGUCUUCAACCAAUAGCUUUCCCAACCGAAACCGUGUACGGUCUUGGUGCACUCGCACUCAACCAUGACGCCGUUUUGAGAAUAUUCUCGACAAAAGGUCGACCAGCGGACAACCCACUGAUCGUACACGUAUCUACGUUAUCCAUGCUCAAACGCAUUCUUCCACCUUCAUACACCCUCUCACCUCUUUACCAAUCACUCAUCAAAUCAUUUUGGCCCGGUCCUUUAACAUUGUUAUUCCCAAUCACCCAUUCAUCUCUGAUCCCAACUUCCGUCACUGCAGGUCACGAAACCGUAGCCAUCCGUAUUCCAUCCCAUCCCAUCGCCAGAGCUCUUAUCGCACUCUGUGACGAACCUCUCGCUGCACCCAGUGCCAAUUCCUCCGGACGUCCAAGUCCCACCCGUGCAGAACAUGUUUAUAGGGAUUUAAAUGGGAAGAUUAAAUGCAUUCUUGAUGGUGGACCUUCUCAGGUCGGACUCGAAAGCACGGAUGGACAUCUACGCGUGUUGAGACCUGGUGGGAUCACGGUUGAACAACUUGAGAGCGUCGUUGCUUCUCACGAUGAGAGUCAAGAUGGUGCAAGAACAAGACAGCCGACGAAGGUCCUGGUUCACAGGAGAGAUUAUAAGGAUGAAGACAUCGAAGCGGCACCAACGACACCUGGAAUGAAGUACCGUCAUUAUGCACCCUCAUCGCCCGUCAUUCUCCUCAUGGACCCUUCGCGACUGAUAGUAGAACUGCCACUAUCGUUAACAGAAACAGGACAGAAACCGAUUGCAGCUCAGACCGUCCGAUCGUUCCUAGCCGCCUUGUUCUCUAGUUCGGACCGUCGUAGUACAAAAUUGGGUCUUCUGCUCACCUCAGACUCGCCUUAUCUCACGCCAUUCAAUGCGGCCCUCUCCACAUGCACCUUCUAUUGCAGGCACGAAUACAAAGUCCAUCUGCUGGGUACAUCCAACACACCCCAGGUCACUGCCCAAAGACUUUUCGAUGGGUUGCUGAGUUUAGACAAUGACGGUGUUGAUGUAAUCAUCGCAGAGAGCAUACCGGAGACACAUGAAGGACUUGCAAUAAUGAAUCGCGUGCGCAAAGCUGCUGGUGAAACGAGAUACGUAUUGCCGGUGGUGGACUAA